AUGGACCCAAACCCGUCCCCUUUGGGAAGCAGAGAGCGACGUAAAGGCCGUGAAAGUCUGGCAGUGUACUCCAUAGACAGUGUCGUUUCCCAGGUAAUCUCCUUCGCAUCAUUGGCCGCGAGCGGAAAGAACCUCAUCAUGACUAAAAUAGGAUUUUUCGGUAUCGGCGUUCCAACAGUGGUACCAGGAGAUGUGUUAGCACAGCUCUAUGAAUUUCCUAUGCCGUUGGCGCUACGGCCGAGCACAGAUAAUUACACCAUUGUUGGUGGAGUGUACCUGGGUGGGCUGAUGGACGGCUCUGUGCUUGACGAAUGUGUUGAUAAUGGCGCACUGCCCAGGGCAACAUUCAGGAUUCGGUAUUUAACUUUUGGUGUAUCUGCUUUCUGGCUCUUGAUCAUCCUUUCUCCAGAAUUCCCUUCACAACGAGUUUGA